UUUCUCCCGACCAUUUCGACCUCUUGCUCAAAAGCAAUUCCGAUUCGAUUCUUCCACCGUAUAAAACUCUGCUCCCAUCUGAUCUUAUUAUGUCGCAAGAGGAGGUAGCCAGGCGAGCUAUAAAGCACGCAUUGAAAGCGCUUAAGAAAAGGCAUUUAGUCGAAGAAGGAGCUCACGCUCCUGCUUAUAUUGCUCUUUCCCGCCCAAUCAUUUCCCAGAGCUCAGAAUGGAAAGAGAAAGCUGAAAAUUUGGAAAUGGAACUUCAACAAUGUUACAAAGCUCAAUCCAGAUUAUCUGAGCAGCUUGUAGUGGAAGUAGCUGAAUGCAGAGCUUUAAAAGCUUCUCUACAAGAGAAAGAAACAGCAAUGGCUGAAAUGGAGAUGGAGUUGACACAAACUAGGGAUGAAUGCUCUCAGUUAAAAGUGGAUUUAGAAGAAAAGGUUAGAGCUUUAGAGUUAGUGUUGAGCGAACGUGAAGAACUCAAAGCUCAACUACAACAACUGACUAUUAGAGCUACAAAUGCUGAAGCUGAAAAUAAGAAGUUAGUCGAUCGAUGGAUGCUUCAAAAGAUGCAGGAUGCUGAACGGCUUAACGAGGCAAAUGCGCUGUGUGAAGAUAUGAUUGAGCAGCUCAAGGUUAGUGGUUUGGAAAAACUUGCACGAGAGCAAGUAGAUGGUAUUGUCCGUAGAAGCGAAGAAGGUGCUGAGUUCUUUUCAGAAUCAUACGUUCCUUCUGUGUGCAAAAACAGGAUCAAUGCUCAUGAAGGUGGUUGUGCUUCUAUAAUGUUUGAGAAUAAUUCCAGCAGACUGAUCAGUGGAGGACAGGACCGAUCGAUCAAAAUGUGGGAUUCUAGCACUGGAUCAUUAAGUCAUAGUCUUUUCGGCUGCCUUGGUUCCGUCCUUGAUCUUGCAAUUACACACGACAAUAGAUCCAUAAUAGCAGCAAGUAGUUCAAACAACUUGUUUGUAUGGGAUGUCAACUCAGGACGGGUUCGUCAUACUCUCACCGGCCACACAGAUAAAGUGUUUGCUGUAGAUGUGAGCAAAGUUUCAAGUCGUCAUGUUGUGAGUGCAGCUUAUGAUCGUACUAUAAAAGUAUGGGAUUUGCAAAAAGGUUACUGCACUAACACAAUAAUGUCUCACAGCAACUGCAAUGCUCUUUGCUUCAGCACCGACGGACUGACUAUAUGCUCAGGUCAUGUCGACGGUAAUCUUCGUUUGUGGGAUAUCCAGACGGGGAAGUUGCUUAGUGAAGUCGCGGCACAUUCACUUGCUAUCACAUCUCUCUCUCUGUCCCGAAACGGAAAUGUAGUAUUGACUAGUAGCAGAGAUAAUGCACACAAUUUAUUUGACAUCAGAUCUUUGGAAGUUUGUGGUACAUUCAGAGCAACAGGAAGCAGAGUGGCAUCAAACUGGAGUCGCUCGUGUAUUAGUCCGGACAAUAAAUAUAUUGCCGCAGGCUCUGCCGAUGGGUCCAUCUACAUUUGGUCAAUCUCCAAAGCUGACAUAGUAAGCACUCUGAAGGAACACACUGCUCCUGUCCUGUGUUGUACAUGGAGUGGAGUGGGAAAGCCAUUAGCCUCUGCUGAUAAGAAUGGGGUUGUCUGUACCUGGACAUGAUCGGUACAAUUUGUCUGCACUUGGUUCCGUCAAGUGUUGUUCCAUAGCCCACUGCCGCAAUCCGUGGUUCAGUUCUGUUCCACCACAUUGUCUAUUGAAUAUUCCCUACGGUCAAAUUUAGUGAAAAUUUAUUAGCAUGACAUCCGUUAUGUAAGCAAGUGUGAUGUACAAAGGGAUGAAAAGUUCGUCCGAUAU